AUGUCGGGCCUCGUCUACGCACUUGAACACUCCUUCAUCGCCAAGGCCGUUGGCAGCGCCGUCAAUUUGAGCCUUAAUCCCAUCGUCUCAGGCGCCCUGCUCGCUUUCCUCCUCCGCGCACCCCAGGAUGUCCUGGCACAGACGUUGCAGCGCGCCUCUCUUCCGCCCGACUAUGACCUGACUGUCGCCAAGACGGUCCUCAAGGUCCUCCUCGGUCUGGGGCUGACCCGCACCAUCAACCGCAAGCUCAGCGACAUGGCCGCCAAUUCGUGGCGCUGGGGGCCCGCGCCGGGCUGGGACUGGCCAAGAGAGAUUGCCGUCGUGACUGGCGGCUGCAGCGGCAUUGGCCUGGCCAUUGUCCGCAAGCUGCGCACCAAGGGAAUCCGUGUCGCCGUCCUCGACAUCCAGCCACUGCCCAAGGAGCUCAGCGGCGAUUCCGCAGGCAUAAAGUACUACAAGUGCGACGUCACCUCGACGGCGUCUGUGGCCGACGUCGCUGCCAACAUUCGCCGCGAUCUUGGCAACCCUACCAUCCUCAUCAAUAACGCUGGUAUUGCGGUGCCGGCUAACAUCCUUGACAUUUCUGAAAAGGCUCUGCAAAAAAUAUUCGCCAUCAACACCAUGUGCCACUGGACAACCUGCCAGCAAUUCCUGCCCUCCAUGAUCAAGGCUGACAAGGGCCAUGUUGUGACCAUUGCAUCUGUGGCCUCCUUUGUCAGCCUGCCUGGCCAUGCCGAUUAUGGCGCGACGAAGGCAUCCGCUCUCGCCUUCCACGAGGCCUUGCGCACCGAGCUGCGCCAUGCGUACAACGCCCCCAACGUGCUGGCGACUGUCGUGCACCCCAACUUUGUCGCCACACCCCUGCUCACCGAUUUCGAGAACCACCUCAAGGACGGCGGCGUCCGGAUGCUCACGCCUGAACAGGUUGCCGAUGACACCACGGAACGCAUCUUUGCGCGCAGAGGUGGUCAAGUGGUUAUCCCCAAGUCAUCAGCCGGCACAUCUGCUUUGCGCGGCUGGCCCACCUGGAUCCAGGUCCUCAUUCACGAUGUGCUCGGUGCGCAGACUGCAAAGAUGAAUGCUGCCAAAAAAGCUUCCAGCAAGUAA